ACUACCACGUGUUCAAGCACUAGCGACUGUGCCGCACUCACACAUGGCCUUACAUUCAGCAGGCAGCUGCUGAUCUGUGCACACAUUUAUUGGGGUCAGAUGAGGCUGUUUUAGAAGGACAACUCCGUAAAAGCGAUCCACUGAACCUGAGACUCGUUUGGGAUUAUACCGGUAAAGCCAUGGCAGGCAGCAGAGGCCGCGGAAGGAGCCAGUUUACCUUCAACGUGGACGCGCUCGGAUUCGGGAGGGGUGAUUCUUUACCCACAUCUGCACAGACACCUUCUCCUCUUUUUCCUCCUAUGCAGUUUAGGCCAGUGCCUCUGCAAACAGGAGAAGAGGUGGACUACAUGCUCGCUCUUAAGCAGGAGCUGAGAGCCUCCAGCAAGAACCUGCCGUUCCACAUAAAAGCAGCCAGAACAAAGACAGAUGUGGCACGUUACUCUGAUAAAUAUCAAAACGGAGAGCUGAAGAACAACUGCAUUGAAUGGAGUCCAGACUGGAGCCGAAUGCCAAAAGAGCUUUGCAUUAAAGUACGGAAACCAAGGAAAACUGCUAUAGGUGCCAAACCACAACUCAAGCAAAAACCAAAAGUAGCUGCUAAAAAAGAAGAGGUUCUCCAAAAACUAGAGACACUUGAGAAAAGAGAAGAAGAGCAGCAUUCUGAGGAAGAGGAGGAUGAAGAGAAGAAGAAACAGAAUGACGAGGAGGAGGGGCCGGAUGCGGACGAAGACUAUGAUGAAGAGGAGAUUGAAGAUGAGACAGACUACAUCAUGUCCUACUUUGACAACGGAGAGGAUUUUGGAGCGGAUAGUGAUGACAAUAUGGAUGAAGCUGUCUACUAAUGUAUUUAACAGGCAUUUUAUGUCAAGAAGAUUCAAGCCCAUUCUGUGUGCUACCUGACACAUACUGAAUGUGUGUGAUAUUGUUAAGGUCCAGAGAGUGAGUGCUGCUGCUAAAGAUGCUGUUCUGUGAUUUGUUAUCGAUACAGACACUGCUGCUGCUAUUUCAACAGUGCUGGAAUGUGACUGAAAGACAAUCUGCUCUUAAUUUUAGUUUUAUUAUUGUAACUGGAAAGCUCUGCUUAAAAAGGCAGCACUCAGAAGCCAUCAUCAUUUCUUUUUGUCAGACAGGAGAGGACACUACAGAGCGUUUGCCUGCAUAUGUAAUGCAUCUCAUGUUUACACCUGAUAAUGCCUUGAAUUGUGAAUUUCACCUGUAUAAGAGUGAAAAUAGUAUUUUUGUCUGAGUGGUUUGAGUGUGUGAAUGUAUAAUAAAUAGGGAAAAAAUGAAUUAAAGAUUUUUUUCAGCACAUGAUACAAUUUUAUUCUGAAGUUU